AUGAACGCCUUAGUCGCCGAUGGAUCGCCCAACUCAGCAGAAACUCCCAACGUCGCCUCCACACAGUAUUCGCCUCUUCCACACGAUGGUGACAGUUUUCGACUUCUGCGCGUGCUGCCUAGCCCAAUUUCAAUUUCACGGAUCCGAUGCGAAUUGUAUACCGCUUCCAUCUCGCGCGAAGAAGACAAAUACAUCGCUGGGUCGUAUGUUUGGGGACCUCCAGAGCCUUCAAAACCGAUAGUCAUAAAUGGCAAAUCCUUCCAAGUGCGCAGUAACCUUUUUCGCUUUCUGCGAGCCUUUCGCAGCCGCCACCGAUCGCAAGUUAUAUGGAUAGAUGCCAUCUGCAUCAACCAAGACGACAUCCACGAACGAGGUCAUCAGGUGCAAGAAAUGAAGCGGAUAUACUCUAAUGCGAAAUGCGUUUACUGCUGGCUC